UUUGGUGGGCGGGGCCUCAGCCGGGCACAGCUGUCUGAACGGUUGGUCGUCUGCUCGUGAGGCGAGGGGUCAGCGUCUCGCGGCCCACGUCGAGCCGUCAACUGGAGGCUGGUGCGGUUUAUCCGUCCCGCUAAGAGAAGAGGGAGAAUCUGCUGUGUACCACAUUGUUCCCCCCGGAGUGGCUGGUAGCAGUAGAAGCAGCUAAAGCAACAAGAGCUGGCAAUGGAUCAGCGGACCAAGCGCAGGCUCACCAACAUCACCAUCGGUCUUCUCUUCCUUGUUAGCGGCAUCGAGUACGCUGUAAUACUUCCAACAAUCUGGGCAUAUCUUCAGACUCUUCAUGCUGAACCUUAUUUUCUCGGUUUGGGACUAUCUGCAUUCAGUUUUAGUGGGUUGAUUGCAAGUCCCAUCUUUGGACGUGUAUCAGACAGCACACGGAAGACAAAAGCUAUCAUAUUAUUUGCUAAUUUAUUUGAAAUUGCUGGCAACUUUAUGUACUUCAUGGGAUAUUCAAAAUGGUUACUACUUAGUAGUCGACUUGUAGCAGGUAUAGGUACAGGUGCAGGUGCAUGCAUUUUUGGAUACCUUACUCGAUCAACAACAACAGAAGAACGGGCGACAGUAUUUGCUGUUGUCAUGGCUGCACGACAGGCUGGGCUUCUGGUUGGGCCAGGAUUUAAUCUCUUCCUGAGGCUUUGUAACUUCAAACUGGGACCAUUUGAAGUAAAUAAAUACACUUCACCUGGGCUAUUCAUGUGUCUUAUGUGGAUCAUUCUUCAAGUGAUAAUAAUUUUUAUGUAUUAUGAUCUUCCAUUGGUUACCAAAAACAAUUCUCAAAGAACGGUAAUUGAGGAGGAGGAAGAACCUUUGGUUCAUGGUGAUGUGAACCAUGAAGCUGCCGAGAACAAUCAGUAUGGUAGCAUUAAUGAACAUGAAAAAUUGUGUGUUCAACCAACUGAUGAACUGGAUGGUGAAAAUAGCAGAGUGGAUGAAUAUCAAUAUAUCCCUAAUGGACACAUUGAUGAAAAUUACAAAAUGAAUGAUAAUCCUUUCCACAAUUUUAGUGCCACUAAAGAGUACCUACGAGAGGAGGUUGUGGUUGUUCUUACUGCACAGUUCAUUACACUAUUCAAUCAAACUGCUUUAGAGACAAUGGUUACUCCUAUUACACAGAAGUAUUUCCACUUUGGGGAAUUGGAGAACAGUUUGAUGUACUGUAUAUGUGGAGUAGAAGUGAUAGUUGGAUUCUUUCUUGUGAGAUGGUUAAGCACUAAGUUUGCUGAUCGAGUAAUCCUGGCAGUGGGUCUUCUUAUAUGCAAUAUUUCUUGUAUUUGGUGUUUAAUUUUCCUGGCAAAUCCAAAAGGGAGUUUUGCCAUGUUGCUAACAGAAUUUGUGGUGGGUGUGUUUCUCCAAAUUCUGGGGUUGCCAUUUGUUGCAGUUUCUCAAGUAUCUUUGUUUUCAAAAGUUACAGCAGAGAAAACGCAAGGGUUCAGUCAAGGAUUCCGUCGUUCAAUUGGAGGACUUGCCACAAUAUUAGGUCCCAUGUGGGCAGGAGGCUUAACUAAUAACCUUUACAUAAUGUUGGGAGUCAUGAUGGGUCUUCUGACACUUCUGACUAUAAUGAUGGUAUUAUCAUACAGCUAUUUGGUUGAAACUCCCCCGACCUUGACUUCAUCUGUGACAGGGAGAAAUGUGGAUGAUGAUUGCUGAAAGUGCACAUGAAAUCCAGAAAAACUACAAGAUCUCAAGUCACUGUUGCUGUUGUGAGACUUCAAGCAUCGUCUUAUAUGCACAUUUAUUGCCAUAUUUACUGUGAACACUUCUGAGUCUAUUUUUUGUACAUUUUGGCAACUGUGAAAAUGAACUGAUAUUCUUUUGCUGUAAAAAGAUAUUAGAUAAACAAUAGAGAGAUAAUAUAAAAUGUGAACAAAUGAAUGCAGUGUAUUCCUAUUUGUUCCAAUUCCAUAUUAAUAUUUAGAUAAGUGUACACAUUGUAAAGAUUAUAUUUUAAAUUACAAACUGUUGUGUGUACAUUUGCUAAUAAAUCACUGUUAAAUAAAUUGAAUUUUGGAGAUAAAAA